ACAUGUGCCGGGAAAUGUCAAAACUGUUCUGGUGAAAACUGAUUUUCUCUUUUUAGGAAUAAUCAUGGCAGCAGCCGACACCACUCUCCCGGUGAUCGAGCGAGCGAAGCAGAUCAGCGUGUACCAAAACGGCGAUGAGAAAUUCCCCGGCAAACGGAUUAUCAUCAACAAACGGAAAAUCGCAAACUUUGAUGUGUUCUUAGAUCAUGUUACGGACACGCUUAGACCCCGAUUUGGGGCUGUCCGUAGACUUUAUACCCCUGUGGGUGGACACCGAGUAACAGAUUUAGAUCAGGUGAUAAAGCGAGGGGAAUCUUACGUGGCUGCUGGCCAGGAAAAGUUCCACAGAAUCGGGUAUUUGGAAAUUGAGGUGUCUCCCCGGAAACGACUUACCAAAGGUUCAUUAGAUAUCAAACCUGUGCGGCACAGUCGAAUCCAAACCUCAGGGAGAAUACGAAAGAUCAGAACAGAGCCAAUCAUCAUCUUUGUUCAUCCCAAUGGGAACGAUUUAGAAAACCCUCACCGAGUUCAACUUCGUCCCCGAGAACAAGGCUCUUGGGAAAUGGUGCUGGAUGCCAUCAAGGAGAGAGUGUCACUUAGCCGGGGCGGGGCUAUAAGAAAAUUGUGCACAUUGGACGGCCGAGCCAUCCACAGUGUCCACGAGAUCCAGAGUUCCGGCUGCUACGUAGCGUGUGGGACGGAAAAGUUUGUGGCCAAGGACUACGAACACCCAAAGGUCAUGACCUCUCCACGGCAGGAGAGGAGGGCAUUCCCACACAAACUCACCCCUCUCAGUAACCGUAACUCUAAGAAGGGCUCCCAGGACAGUAGUGUAAACAGAACCCCAGAAUCAAACAAUGGGGCGAUGAACAGCAGACCUCGCAAGACACGGAGGAACCAAGUGAAAAAGGAAGACCCUGUCAUCCAUGAAAAACCUGUUGCUUACAAACGAAAUGGAAAGAAAGAAGUCAAUUACGAUCAAGAUCCAGGCGGUGUCUUCAAGGCUCAUCGAGAAAACCAGGCGACAAGAGGGGCACGCGAAAUCAACGAAGAUCGCAACACGCGAGUAGACAUCCCCGUCGAUCAGAGAGAGGCUGAAGUUGUGGAGGAGGAAGAAAUUGUGACCAGUCACCAUGGCGACAAAGAACGUAGGGCAUCCAGAUCUUACAAAAGCGAAGACGGUGUGCAGGGAGAAGAACUUCCUGAGCGCCGAGUGUCAUUCAAGGGCGACAAUCAGUCCCGCAGAAAGUCAGUCGAUGCUGAUGCCCCUCUUGAAGAUGAGCAAAAUAUGUUGCAACAGAACAGCAGAGCUGAAGAUCACACCAUGGAAGAGGCCCCCGAGGGGUUUGAGCGGGAAGAAGGACCGAAUUCAAAAAGGGAGGAGAGAAUCGAACAUUCCAGACAAGAUGACAUGGGGACAACCAAAGAGCGAAGAAGCAACAGCAAUGAACGGGCCACACCCACUCAUAUUUUGAGCCCCAGAAACCAGAGCCCUCAGCCCACACAUGAAUCCCCCAACCCCAGACAGGAAUCACCUGAGCCUAGGAGGGAAUACCCAGAGCCCAGAAGGGAAUCCCCAGAGACCAGAUGGAACUCGCCACCCAGAAGGGAAUCCCUGGAGCCAAGAAGGGAAUCCCCAGAAACCAGAUGGGACUCCCCGCCCUUAAGGGAAUCUCCGGAGCCAAGAAGAGAAUCCCCAAAGAACAGAAAGGAAUCCCCAGAGCCUAGAAGGGAAUUCCCAGAGAACAGAAAGGAAUCCCCAGAGCCCAGAAGGGAAUCUACUGACUCCAGGGAAUCACUCCUCCCAGCAGAGCAGCCCAUGAAUGACAAUCAGAGGGAGGGCCAUGAGUCAGCUCCACCCCCUGACCGUGAUGACGUCAUUGAUGAUGACGACAUUCCUGAGAAGAGACAAUCCACACCUGUUAACAAGAACAAAGAAGAGAUGCAAGCUGUGGCAGAUAUCACAGACCCCACUUACCCAGGCAAACGGGGCAAGGAAAAGCGUCAAUCCCGAAGAGGCGACCAAUCCAUAAGCCCAUCGCAGGAUGAGCGUGACGAGGCCGCCCUCACUAUACAAUCUCACUACAGAGGGUAUCGCACCAGGAAAGAGCAACGACAACGCCAAAGCAACAGAAGGACAUCCAGAGAUAAUUAUCCUGAUGACGCUGAGGCCGAAAAAGCUGCUGUCAUGAUUCAGUCCAAUUACAGAGGUUACAGAACCCGGCGGCAGCUAAAGGCCAGUCCCAACCAGUCAUAAAGAGAAAGUCGGAGUUCUAUAUAUACAGGCUUACAGAAAGCUUAGAGCAAGUGUAACCAGCGUUAAGAUCCAGGGAGACCCAUCGUCACACCAUCAAACCAGAAUGGAGCUUUCAAAGUCAGCUAAUUACCAACAGAGACACACUCGAAGGGAAAAAUUAUUAUGUUGUUUCUGGAAGAAAAUAGGAAAUGAAAUAUUUAAGUGUGUAACAGCUAAAGAUCUUACCAUAUUUUGAAAAAAAUGUGUAUGUAUGGUACUCAGAAAAGAGUAUUGAAGAAAUCAGUAGAUUACAAACUUUUUUUUUUCUUUUUAUUAUUAUUCUAGUUUGUUUCUGUCUGUUAUGACCUUAUAAUAUAGUCUGUUUCACAGUACAUAGACUAUUACUUAAUUAUCAGUAUAACUUCUUUUUUCAACUUUAUAUCGAAAAUUCCAUUCAGCAAGAACAUUUUAUAAUUUAUCAGUAUCAGCCCUGACUCCCACAUCAAAAAGUGUUUAUAUUUACAUAUUUUACAGUGGGUCUUUGUAUUCAUCUGCCCUUACUUUGCUCAAAGUAUCAGGCACCUUUACCCUGUAUAUUCCUACAACAUUCAGUAUUCAUGAAUAUUACAUUUAUUGUCAUAAUAAUGUUUGAAUAACUAAUCUAUGGUGAAAUAUGAUUAAAACAAGCAUUAAAAGUUUGACUAUACAUGGACAUAUAAAUCUUUCUAUUCUUAAAAACCCAUCCUGAUAAAAUGUUUGCUGCAAGAUAUAACCUGAUCUCAAGGUCUAGAUCUUAAAGAUGUGAAAAAUUUCUAUAUAAUUACUUUUCCAAAAAGUAUGGUUGUCCUUAAAUAGAAGAGGUUUU